AGAGGCACACAUUCAUAUGGAGAUGUAGGACUAUAAAUAGGAGGCAUGAAGCCAGUAGAGAUCACAUUGUGGACAGCACACACAUCCAGCCAUGGCACCUACAAUCUCUACAAACUCUCAGCAGCAUGUGACACUCACACACAAGCUCAGAAAGCCUCUAGUGGAGAAGUUACGCCGAGAGCGAAUCAACAGCAGCAUCGAGCAGCUCAAGUCUCUUUUGCCUCCAGAGUUCCUCACUCAGCAGCAGCCGGACUCCAAGCUGGAGAAAGCAGAUGUUCUGGAGAUGACUGUUUGCUUCCUGAAGCGACUCAAGUCUUUGGACGGCUUGGCUGUCCAUCAGGGUUACUCCAGUUGCGGCCUUGAGGUGGAGGAUCAGGCUUCCUGUGAGGAGAAGCUGAGAGAGGAGGACUUCUCUCCUUUGAACUCUCCAGUCCGCAGCAGCGAAAGCAAGCAGGAGAGCUCAGCCCACAGCGCCCCCUGGAGGCCAUGGUAGAUGCGGACAGACUGACAUGAACAUGUGCACAGAUUUCUUCACUUCUUCUGUUUGGACAGAAGUUAUAUGUACAUCUUUUUUUUUAAUUUCUUAUUGGAAAUUAUGAUGAAAACGCAUUUAAUCAUGCUUGAUGCAUGAAUCACAUUUGAUUGCAUUUGUAAUGCAAUAUCUAAUAUUAUUGAUCAUAUUGAUCACAUUGAUUAAUUUGCUGGUUGACUUCCUAUGGAAACAACAGCAAUAAUAUGAUCUUGUCAUGCAUGUUGUAUGAACUGUCAGAUUGUUUUCGCGAUCAUUAUUCACUUCUAACACUUUUUCAUAUAUUUUUAUAUGAAAAUGAUGGCCAAUAAUGUUACUUCAUAUUGAUCCAAAUUGUUUUUAGGUUGAUAUUUUCUCAAAGAAAGAGCAGCAAUAAUGUUUUUGGUGCUCAGAAAGAUAAUGUAUGUUGUCAUGCAUGUUGCAUGAGUGACAUUUGAUUGCAUCAGUAAUGAUGAUAUGUAUCUUGUGGUUGUCAUGUCAAAGUUAAAAGUCGCUGAUUGAUUACGAGCACCUUCAGAUCAGGUGGAAGAACAAUUGCAUGAAUAUGACGCAAUGACAACUUUUAUAGUUAUAUGAUAAUAUGUUGUGUUGCCAUGUGAUUGUUUGUGUGAAAUCUUAGAUGUUCUAUCCAUGGACGUUUGAUGACAUUCACUAAUGUGAAGACUGAAAAAUGAUCUGUUUUAAGAUCACUGCCGUCGCUCAGUGAUGAUGUCACUGAGUGUGUCAUUAAUGUGAUCUGUUUUAAAGGUCCAUAAUUCCUGCUUCCUGUUAUGAGGAAUGCUCGGAAGAGUGAGCGCUCCCUUCCUGUCCCUCUUCAGUCUUAUCUAAAGACCGAUGUAUGGUAUUAAUGUAUACAUUUUUGUGUAUGUGAAUGUAUCCUCCACUUGCUGUGAGUGCAGCGUGUCUUGUACGCGUCUACAAGUUGUUGUUGUGAUGCAUCAUCACGUCAUAUUUCCUGCGUCAAUAAACACAUGACGUCACUUGCAAACUUUGUGUGCUCAAUAUAUAAACGUUGGUAUCAAUAUUGAUCAAUACCAAUGUAAAAAUAUCGAUACUUUGACUUCAGUUGGUUUCCUGCCCAACUGCAGAGGUUUCA